AUAGAUCGGACCUUUCAGUAAACCGCUGGAGAACAUGUUCCCCGUGUGUGUUUUGUUCUGGUUGUGCUGGAGCCGUCUGACUGGUGUGUUUGCUGAUUCAGUGUCAGUGAUGGAGGGAGAUUCUGUUACUCUAAACACUGAUCUCACUGAAAUACAUGAAGACGACGACAUACUGUGGACAUUUGGAGCUGGAAACUCUGUGAUCGCUGAAAUCAGUAGAACUGAUGGAGUCUUUUCCACAUAUGAUGAUGUUCUUGAUGGGAGAUUCAGAGAUAGACUGAAGCUGGACGAUCAGACUGGAUCUCUGACCAUCACACACACCACAACUGAACAUGCAGGAGUUUAUCAACUAGAAAUAAGGGGAGUGAAACUGUCAUCAAAAACAUCCAAUGUUUCAGUCUAUGCUCGUCUGCCUGUUCCUGUCAUCAUCAGAAACUCUUCACACUGUUCUUCAUCAUUAUCACACCAGAAUUGUUCAUUGGUGUGUUCAUCAGUGGUGAACGUGAGUCAUGUGACUCUCUCCUGGUACGCAGGAAUGAGUGUAUUGUCCAGCAUCAGUGCGUCUGAUCUCAGCAUCAGUCUCUCUCUACCUCUGGAGGUGGAAUAUCAGGAUAAAAACCCCUACAGCUGUGUGCUGAACAAUCCCAUCAGCAACCAGACCACACAUCUGGACAUCAACACACUCUGCCACACAUGUGCAGUCCAUGGCCACUGUUGUGGUUCUACUGAAGCUGCGAUCCGAUUGGCUCUCUCUGCUCUGGUGGGCGUGGCUACUGUGGCUUUUCUGCUUUAUGACAUCAGAUCUACAAGAGGAGUCUGA